CCACAGUCCAACAUGUCCAUGUUCCUGUUUGGCUCGUUGCUUGUCCGUGAUUACUCUUUUGAACUACAGUCUCUCAUUGAAUCAUCAUGCAUUCCAACUUUCUGCUGUCUUUGGCCAUUGGCCUUAUUGCGGCCGACUCCGCCAUUGCAGGUCCAUGCAGGCCAUCCAGUUCAUCUUCUGUGGCAUCCGACAUCUCGACACCAUCCUCUACUGCGUCUUCUGUGACAUCGUAUAUCUCGACUCCAUCCUCAACGCCGUCGUCGACAUCGGUCGUUUCGACUACGUCCUCAGCAACAUCGGACACCUUGACGCCGUCCUCGACUCCAUCCUCGACUCCAUCCUCCACCCCGAUUAUCUCGACUACGUCUUCUGCGACUUCGGACAUCUCGACUACGUCCUCGACUCUAUCAUCAACCUCAAUUGACUCGACUACGACUUCCGAGUCCGUAAGCUCAUCAUCGACUGAAUCGACUACAUCGACCACCUCAAUCGCCCCGGAAAUCACCAACUUCCAUGUCGUCGCCGGCGCGGGUGCCAUAUCCGGCGCGUCCUUGCAAUCCAACGGAAACAAUGGGGGCAUCCUAUAUUUCAACCCAGGAUUGUCGGGCUUCAGUGUCACUACCUUUUCUAUCGAGGCCGACACCGGCCGAGCCAUCCAAGCCAAUGGAAAAUACAUGUGUGCGGUCUGGGGCACUGCAGGCAAUCCUGCCGUCCUUGCGAACUGCGAAGUCGAAAGCUCAGCCACUUGGUACGUCACUUGUGAGAAGACAGGCGAUGGCAAACUUGCGUGCACUGCUCCAGCUGGUUCCUGCGGCGCCAUACCUGGAACGGCCACCGUGCUCUGCUCGCAGACUGGUGCCACAUUCAAUCAAUUUUUCACCAGGUACGCUUCAGGUUUAGGUUACUUCACGUUUAUUGGCUCGGGCAGCCCCGGCGGCUAUACUGCUAUUGAUUUUGGGGUGGAGGCUGUCUAAAAAAAAGUUCAAUGGCAUGUUGAUCCAUCAAUAUGAUGUGGUAAGGGGCUUGGGUAUCUUGGGGCGACGGAUACCAGAAUCCCCGGAGAGAAUAAAAUGUCAAGCCUGUAGCCCCUAUAGACUACCUUGAUUUCGUAUGUUCUAGACUGGAAUAUAACAACGGCGCAAGUUUUGCCGCCAUCAAGUGACGA